AUGUAUGUAACUAGGCCUCUGUCUAUGUGUAGAAGGUUUCCUGAUUCACUAUCACUACCAACACCGGAAGGUCCAAAUUCAGGUUAUCUUGUACUCCACGAUCAAGAAUCAGAUGAGACUAUGUGUUUUGGAUGCUGCAAAGAUCCUGAGGUGAAAGCCUUGCCUUUCCCUCAGAACAAGGAUAUCAUAAUUUCACAUUCCAAAGAUAUUCAUAUUUAUGUUGCCUUCAUUCCAGUUCUUGAUAAGCCUUUGUCUGCCAGUACAUACUAUGUGAUACCCCGGCAUGGGAAACACAAAGGGAAAGUGUACACAAAUUCAAAGGAAGAGGACAUGACAGAUUGCUGUUGUGGCAAAACUGUUCAAGAUGUAAAACCAAAGCCAUUGGAUCCAUCAGACAUGUAUCAACAAAUUGAGAUAAUUCCAAUGAAGCACCGCGGUUACUUUACUGCCAAAAGCUGUUGCUUCAGACGGCGUUCCUCCUUAUUUUUUGAGGAGAAAAGGUUGGCCGGCCACUAUGAGCACAUCCCAUCAUUACCAACUAGAUUCGACUUUCCAUUGUCCAAAGAUUGUUCUGAGGCUAUGGUAGUUGGCAAGUGGUACUGUCCUUUCUUGUUUAUCAAGGAAGGGGGAAUGAAGUUGAAGCACCAAAUGAAGCAAUGCAUGUUCUAUGAAAUGAGACUGGAGCAAAGAUGGGAGAGAAUUUUAGACAAGUACAAUGAGGGAACAAGCAGCAAUCCUAAUGCUGUGUUUGUGGAUACAUUUGUGCAAAGAGAGGCGGUUUUUAUUGCUGGAAGUGAAGCACUUUCAGAUAAUCUUGACAGAUUUAAUGUCGCCGAUGAUGGUUUCAUGUGGUUUAAGAGUUCUGAUGGGGCGGGAGGAGAAAGGAGAGUAGGGUUGAGCAUGAAAAUUGUGGAGAGAAUGAAAUGGGAGCAAGAAAGAGUUGGAUGGGUUGAUGGGGAGAAAAGAAAAGUGAGAGUGGAGAGAAGUGAAAAGUUUGGAGGAAUUGGUGGUUGGAAUAGAUUUGCUUGUUAUGUGUUGGUGGAGAGGUUUGUGUUGAAGAGAAUGGAUGGAAGCUUAGCACUAUUGACAUAUGAUUUCAAGCACACUCACCAGAUCAGUUGCAAAUGGGAAUGA